GUCAGGGCUUGGGUAUCCGAUUCAUCCCCUGGAGCCUGCGGGCUACGAGGAAGAAACGCCGCGGCGGGCAAGCGAGAGAAGAGGAGGUGAUAGACGCGGCCGGAGAAGAUGUCGGGCCAAACGCUUACGGAUCGGAUCGCCGCCGCUCAGUACAGCGUGACAGGCUCCGCUGUUGCGAGAGCGGUCUGCAAAGCCACCACUCAUGAAGUGAUGGGCCCCAAGAAAAAGCACCUGGACUAUUUGAUCCAGGCUACCAAUGAGACCAAUGUUAAUAUUCCUCAGAUGGCCGACACACUCUUUGAGAGGGCAACAAACAGUAGCUGGGUGGUUGUAUUUAAAGCUUUAGUCACAACACAUCAUCUCAUGGUGCAUGGAAAUGAGAGAUUUAUUCAGUACUUGGCCUCUAGAAAUACACUGUUCAAUCUCAGCAAUUUUUUGGACAAAAGUGGAUCCCAUGGUUAUGAUAUGUCUACCUUCAUAAGGCGUUAUAGUAGAUAUUUGAAUGAAAAGGCUUUCUCUUACAGACAGAUGGCAUUUGAUUUUGCCAGAGUGAAGAAAGGGGCCGAUGGUGUAAUGAGGACAAUGGCUCCUGAAAAGCUACUGAAGAGUAUGCCGAUACUACAGGGACAGAUUGAUGCACUGCUUGAGUUUGAUGUGCAUCCAAAUGAGCUAACAAAUGGUGUCAUAAAUGCUGCAUUUAUGCUUCUUUUCAAAGAUCUUAUCAAACUUUUUGCUUGCUACAAUGAUGGCGUUAUUAACUUACUUGAAAAGUUUUUUGAAAUGAAGAAAGGACAAUGUAAAGAUGCCCUAGAAAUUUACAAACGAUUUCUAACUAGAAUGACACGAGUAUCUGAAUUUCUCAAAGUUGCAGAGCAAGUUGGCAUUGAUAAAGGUGACAUUCCUGACCUCACGCAGGCUCCCAGCAGUCUUAUGGAGACCCUUGAACAGCAUCUAAAUACAUUAGAAGGAAAGAAACCCGGAAACAAUGAAGGAUCUGGUGCUCCCUCUCCGUUAAGUAAGUCUUCUCCAGCCACAACUGUUACGUCUCCUAAUUCUACACCAGCUAAAACUAUUGAUACAUCCCCACCGGUUGAUUUAUUUGCAACUGCGUCUGCGGCUGUCCCUGUCAGCACUUCUAAACCAUCUAGUGAUCUCCUGGACCUCCAGCCAGACUUUUCUUCUGGAGGGGCAGCAGCAGCUGCAGCACCGGCGCCACCCCCACCUUCUGGAGGAGCCACCGCAUGGGGAGACCUUUUGGGAGAGGAUUCUCUGGCUGCACUUUCCUCUGUUCCCUCUGAAGCACAAAUUUCAGAUCCGUUUGCACCAGAACCUACCCCUCCUACUACAACUUCUGAAAUUGCAACUGCUUCAGCCUCUGCCUCAACUACCACAACUGUCACUGCUGUCACUGCUGACGUCGAUCUCUUUGGAGAUGCCUUUGCAGCUUCUCCCGGGGAGGCCCCUGCAGCAUCCGAAGGGGCCGCCGCGCCAGCGACCCCAGCCCCCGUAGCCGCAGCCCUUGAUGCAUGCUCAGGAAAUGACCCCUUUGCCCCUUCUGAAGGUAGUGCAGAGGCUGCACCAGAGCUGGACCUCUUUGCAAUGAAGCCACCUGAGACCAGUGUUCCUGUAGUUACCCCUACAGCUAGCACAGCCCCUCCGGUUCCCGCCACUGCUCCUUCUCCUGCUCCCGCUGUCGCAGCUGCCACGGCUGCCACUACCGCCGCCACCGCCACCACUGCCGCCGCCACCGCCACCACCUCCGCUGCCACCACCGCCGCUCCUCCUGCUCUAGAUAUCUUUGGUGAUUUGUUUGAGGCCCCUCCGGAAGUCGCCGCGGCGCCUAAGCCGGAUGCUGCGCCUAGCAUAGACCUGUUUGGGACAGAUGCUUUCUCCUCUCCACCACAAGGGGCCUCUCCUGUGCCUGAGAGUUCUCUCACUGCUGACCUCUUAUCCGUGGAUGCAUUUGCGACACCAUCUCCUGCAACCACUGCCUCUCCAGCAAAGGUGGAUUCUUCAGGUGUGAUAGACCUUUUUGGGGAUGCAUUUGGAAGUAGUGCUUCUGAACCCCAACCUGCACCUCAGGCUGCUUCUAGUUCAUCAGCGUCGGCAGACCUACUAGCUGGGUUUGGGGGUUCUUUUAUGGCUCCUUCUCCAUCACCAGUGACUCCAGCUCAGAAUAACCUGCUACAGCCCAACUUUGAGGCAGCUUUUGGAACAACGCCUUCAACUUCUAGCAGCAGCUCCUUUGACCCAUCAGUGUUUGAUGGUCUAGGUGAUCUACUGAUGCCAACCAUGGCACCAGCUGGGCAGCCUGCACCCAUUUCAAUGGUACCCCCCAGUCCAGCUAUGGCAGCAAGCAAAGCCCUUGGGAGUGACCUUGACUCAUCUCUUGCCAGCUUAGUAGGCAAUCUUGGAAUUUCUGGUACCACAUCCAAAAAGGGAGAUCUUCAGUGGAAUGCAGGAGAGAAGAAGUUGACUGGUGGAGCCAACUGGCAGCCGAAGGUAGCCCCCGCAACUUGGUCAGCAGGCGUCCCACCAAGUGCACCUUUGCAAGGAGCUGUACCUCCAGCCAGUUCCGUUCCUCCUGUUGCCGGGGCCCCAUCUGUUGGACAGCCUGGAGCAGGGUUUGGAAUGCCUCCUGCUGGGACAGGCAUGCCCAUGAUGCCUCAGCAGCCAGUCAUGUUUGCCCAGCCCAUGAUGAGGCCACCCUUCGGAGCUGCGGCUGUACCUGGCACACAGCUUUCUCCAAGCCCUACACCUGCCACUCAGAGUCCCAAGAAACCUCCAGCAAAGGACCCAUUAGCGGAUCUUAACAUCAAGGAUUUCUUGUAAACAAUUUAAGCUGCAAUUUUUGUGACUGAAUAG